AGUAAGUCAAUAAAGAUACACCGCGAAACAGCGAAUCAUAAACUGUUUUCCUCCUCCUCCAACCUUUCUUGAUCCUUCUCUAGCUUCUUUCCUCUAUUAUAUAUAACCGCUACCCCUCCAUGCUUUUGUUGCAUUUUAACAGUAAGAGCGCAAAAGAAGAAGAAAAUGAAUCGUUUUGUAGUAAGGUCGGUGAUGCGGGGCCUGAUCAAUGGCCGAAGUUAUUGCAGUAGCAGCAUCUGCAUCGGCAACGGGCAAGUCUACAGGUCCGCCAUAGUUGGAAGAAGCUUGCAGUUGAGCGGCCAACGUAACGGUGUGGCGUUUGGUGGAUUUGAAUGGAGGAGGAUGAUGAGCUCUUCUCCUGCUUCUGUGGAAAAAGCGACAUCUGAGAAGGAAGACAAAACGGAGAACUCGGUGAAGGAAGAGACGAAGGAAAAUGAGGUUAUGGCUGUAAGUUAUUGGGGAAUUUCAAGGCCUAAGAUCACCAGAGAGGAUGGCACCGACUGGCCUUGGAAUUGUUUCAUGCCAUGGGAAACUUACAAAGCAGACCUGUCAAUUGAUUUGAAGAAGCACCAUAAGCCAAAGAAUUUCACGGAUAAAUUCGCUUACCGGACGGUCAAACUCCUUCGCGUUCCUACAGAUAUCUUCUUCCAGAGACGAUAUGGCUGUCGAGCUAUGAUGCUGGAAACAGUGGCGGCCGUCCCUGGUAUGGUUGGGGGCAUGCUUCUGCACCUGAAAUCUCUCCGUAAAUUCCAGCAAAGUGGUGGUUGGAUCAAAGCCUUGCUUGAAGAAGCAGAGAACGAGAGGAUGCAUUUAAUGACAAUGGUGGAGCUUGUUAAACCCAAGUGGUACGAAAGGCUCCUUGUUCUAACCGUGCAGGGAGUCUUCUUUAAUGCCUUCUUUGUUUUGUAUAUGCUUUCGCCCAAAUUGGCGCAUAGAAUUGUUGGGUAUUUGGAGGAGGAAGCCAUUCACUCAUAUACAGAGUAUUUGAAGGACAUUGAUAGUGGUGCGAUUGAGAAUGUACCAGCCCCUGCCAUUGCAAUAGAUUACUGGAGGUUACCUAAAGAUGCCACGUUGAAGGAUGUCAUAACUGUGAUUCGUGCUGAUGAAGCACAUCAUAGGGAUGUAAAUCAUUUUGCUUCUGAUAUUCAUUUUCAGGGAAAGGAAUUGAGAGAGGCGCCUGCUCCUCUUGGUUAUCAUUGAGACUGAUAUUGGAUCGUGUAGAAUCUGUCCGAGAUUCUUGCUUGAUGCAUACUUGAAUUACGUUACAUUUUGUAUAUUGAUGUAUGGACGAUUGGACCACGAUUAAUAUGAUAAAUUUUCCAAUAUUGAGUGACCAUUAUAAA